AUGUCGGCCGCCGUAGUAUCCGAAUCUCGAUAUAAAUCAUUCCUUAAACCAGCUAAAUUCUGGCAAAAGUCCAACAAGACGGCUCCAGCCGGUUAUGAGAAUGAUGAAAACAAGCCUUUGGAAAAGACCCCCACAACCCUUUUCAAAAAGAAAACGGACGAUGAGGUCGCUCUGCGAGAAACCGCCAAAGGCGAGAUUUACAAACUUUCCACCGUCAGUGAUUCAGGCGUCUAUCUUCCUCCGUCUCCCACCGAAGACAGCAAGCGUGAUCACUGGUUAAACAUCGAUCAGGAGGCAAUGGUUUUCCCUCUGCCCGAUUUUGAUCGCCUGACAACAAAUUCUGGAGAAAAGCACAGUUUCUAUACACCUUCCGUCAUUGUUGAUCAUCAUGAAGAUUUAGUUUCCCGCACACCAUGUAGCACAAAAGCAAGCUCGGAUCAUAUCAUUCUCCAUGAACCUUUGUAA